AUGGUUACUGGAAGGAAUGAUGAUGUGCUUGCGGCGGCAUUGAUCCUAUUGGAUGGUUCCAUUCCACAAAAGAAUGCUGGUGAUCGGGAGCGUGAUGCUGAUGAGUUCCAUGCGCAAAAGAUUACAAGAUUUUCUGAGUUGGUUAACAAGAGUGAGAUCUAUGAUAAGGAGAGCCGUGAGAGUGAUGCUCAUUACAAGUCCUUGCAUGAUAAGAAAGGAAAAGGGAAAUUCCGAGGGAAGUCGUAUGAUGGUAAGAAGAAAGUUGGUGAUGGUAAGAAGUCGAGUGAGGGAGGAUCUCACACUCCUGUCAAGUGCUUCAGAUGUGGUGUUGAGGGACAUCGUGCUCCCGAGUGUCCUAAGGGCGAUGUGACUUGUUUUAAGUGUGGUAAGAAAGGUCACAAAUCUUUUGAUUGCAGAGUUGGUUUGAAUGUGACUUGCUACAACUGUGGUGAGCAAGGGCACAUUAGUAUCAAGUGCGAAAAUUCGAAGAAGGAGCAAGCCAAAGGGAAAGUGUUUGCAUUGUCUGGUACUAAUACUUCUGUUGAGGAGAGAUUGAUUCGAAAUUUUGAAGUUGAUUUAGUGUGUCUUCCAUUGAGUCAACUUGAUGUUAUUUUGGGAAUGGAUUGGUUGAGGGCCAACCGUGUCUAUAUCAAUUGUUUUGCGAAAGCUGUUCUUUUUCUUGAGCCAGAGAAGGAAGGUGAUUUAUUCUUGUCUACUCAACAAGUGGAUGAAUAUGUGUGA